AUGCCUCUAUCCACCGAUACGGGCGACAUGAAUCUCACAACCAGCAUCCCCCAAAAUACAACACUCGGAAACAGCUUUGACCCUGCGCGCCGCCCGAACCUCUCUGUCCGGAGCGAUCAAGCACAUAUGUACACUGAUUUUGCGGCCCAGGUCUUGCAUCUCUGGUUCGAGACUAUGCGCGAGAUAUGGAUCGCUCCACCCGGACAAAUUUUGCAUAAGGUCCACAGAGAUUCAUUGUUCCCACUGCAAUUUACGUUUGACGUUGAUAAUACGAACAUUCCAUCCAUAGAGUUGCAAUGGGUCGGUUGGGGGGUACAGGAGAUGAUUCAACAGCAGAUUGACUCCGGGACUUCCGAUCAAGAUCCCCGGUGGCACGUGACAGCAUAUGACUUUUUGUUCCUUCAACGCCGGCUGGGGACAGCAACCACCAGCAGAUUAGCGGCUGACAACAUCUCAACCGUCGCAAGUCCGAUAGAUGGAGCUAUUCCAAUGAUCACAACGGAUACCCCCGUCGAAAGUGGCGAAUCCAGUACGGCAAGAGACAUCGCAGCAGAUUCCUUGACAAAAAGGCGUCCCUUGUCUCAAUUUCAGAAUAGAGAUACCAACGCGAACGAAAGUUCCUCGAACCCCAACGCCCAGAUCAUCGUCGUCUGCACAGCCAAGGGCACCGGCCAGCCCAUGAGCAUCAAUCCAGUUUUCUGGCUCGUCAACGAAGCCUUCCGGACUCAAGUCUGGGCGCAUGAUCCGUACAGCCGAGUACAGGACUCGCCCCCGUUCGGUCGGCCUUCCCCUAUGUUGGGACAUGCAUUCUCCAUCGUUGCUCCCACGGGCGAGAACCUCUUAGUGACUUUCAAAUGGGGCGUAGACGGCGUUUAUAUCCAAUGGUUUAUGAUUGAGGAGGCUCUGUCGCAGUCGAUCUGGCCGCUUGCUAUUGGGGCUACGAAGGAGAGUUUUUUUAUCAGUGCUUACUUAUCGAUUGAUGGCGUUCAGCAGAAACAUCCGUUUCUGAAUUUGGUAUUUUCUGCGAAGGGGCCGGCGACUCUGCCUGUCAGUAAUCUCUGA